AUGGAUCUGACGGCCCUGCCCAACAAUAAUCACCCGGAGAAAUUCCUCCAGCUGGAUGUCAACUCCUUACCUGCAAGUCAUGGAAUGUUCCAGGUCGGGUUCACGGCUGGGGCCGCGCUGUCGGGACAUAAGCAAUGGCAGAACAGGGUCUACAUGCAGAGGGAGCAGAGGAGACUGACCGGCCACAGGCCAUCUCUGGAAAGCAGCCCCAUGUUUGUGGAUGGCGUCUUGGAGAAGCACGUCACGCCGGUGAUGCUGAAAUCGAAAAUCAAGAGGAACCCCCUCUAUUCAGACAUGCAGACGGCAGAAAGCUGGGAGAGCAGGAAGUCAAAGCCUUCAUGGACGGUGCAGGAGUACGACAUGCAUCCUGCACACUCUCAUCUAUCGGAUUAUUUAAAGGAGGACCCCAAGGAUCUGAGCUUUUGGCUGGAAGAUCUCUACACCCCAGGCUACGACUCACUGCUGAAAAGGAAGGAAGCGGAACAGAGACGAAAUAAAAUGUGUAAAAUGGCGGCUUUAGUUAUCGUGUCAGUGCUCGCAGUCAUUAUAAUCAUUACCGUGCCAGUAGUAAUUACAAAAAAAUAAACGAUGGCUUAUGCAUUGCCAAGUACACACAUAAUUCAUUAUUUUUACAAGUGAAAAUCUCUUCACAAAGUUUGUCUUUUUUAAUGUGUGCAAUUAAAGAU